CAACACUUUCCCGCUCUGAUUACAGACACUCUCAACGGCUCAUUGACAGCAGGGAGAGGAGUUAAUUCAUAGAAAAUGAGGGAAUGCAUCAGUGUUCAUGUAGGACAGGCUGGAGUUCAGAUGGGAAAUGCCUGCUGGGAAUUGUAUUGUUUGGAGCAUGGUAUUCAACCUGAUGGUCAGAUGCCUUCUGACAAAACUGUUGGAGGGGGAGACGACUCAUUCAACACUUUUUUCUGUGAAACUGGAGCUGGCAAACAUGUGCCAAGAGCAGUAUUUGUUGACCUGGAAACUACAGUUGUUGAUGAGAUAAGAACAGGUACAUAUAGACAACUCUUCCAUCCUGAACAAUUGGUAUCUGGUAAAGAAGAUGCAGCAAACAAUUACGCAAGAGGUCACUACACCAUUGGUAAAGAGAUUGUAGACUUAGUUCUUGACAGAAUUCGUAAACUGGCAGAUCAGUGUACUGGUUUACAAGGUUUCCUCAUCUUUCACAGUUUUGGUGGUGGCACAGGAUCAGGAUUCACUUCCCUGCUUAUGGAACGUCUCAGUGUUGAUUAUGGAAAGAAAUCAAAAUUAGAAUUUGCCGUCUAUCCAGCUCCUCAAAUUUCAACUGCUGUUGUUGAGCCAUACAACUCCAUCUUGACCACUCACACAACCCUUGAACACUCUGACUGUGCCUUUAUGGUUGAUAAUGAGGCUAUCUAUGACAUAUGCAGACGUAAUUUAGAUAUAGAGAGACCGUCUUACACAAAUUUGAACAGACUGAUUGGUCAGAUUGUCAGUUCCAUUACUGCUUCCUUAAGAUUUGAUGGUGCAUUAAAUGUCGACCUUACUGAAUUCCAAACCAACUUGGUACCAUAUCCACGCAUUCAUUUCCCUUUAGCUACAUAUGCUCCAGUCAUAUCUGCAGAAAAAGCUUAUCAUGAACAACUAUCUGUUGGUGAGAUCACCAAUUCUUGCUUUGAACCAGCCAAUCAAAUGGUAAAAUGUGACCCACGCCAUGGCAAGUAUAUGGCUUGCUGUAUGUUGUACAGAGGAGAUGUAGUCCCCAAAGAUGUCAAUGCUGCCAUUGCAACCAUAAAGACCAAGAGAACCAUCCAGUUUGUUGACUGGUGUCCAACUGGCUUCAAGGUGGGAAUCAAUUAUCAACCACCAACUGUUGUCCCAGGAGGUGAUUUGGCUAAAGUACAGCGAGCUGUCUGUAUGUUGAGCAACACCACUGCAAUUGCUGAGGCUUGGGCUAGGCUUGAUCACAAGUUUGACUUGAUGUAUGCCAAAAGAGCUUUUGUACACUGGUAUGUAGGUGAGGGUAUGGAGGAAGGAGAGUUUUCAGAGGCUAGGGAAGACUUGGCAGCUCUAGAGAAAGAUUAUGAAGAAGUUGGUGUUGAUUCUGCUGAUCAAGAAGGAGAAGAGGAGGGUGAAGAAUAUUAAUUCUAAACUUCGUGUUUUAUGUGGCAUACAAUGAACAGAAUUUGUGCUUUCAAUUUAUAGUGCAUGCAUACAUGAGAUUAAAGUCAGAUCAGUACUCAAUAGGCAAAAUUAGUUGUAAUUAUAUUGAAUCAACAUUAAUCAAGGUUUUGACAUAAAUGAUAUGUAUAUGUAUAUAUUAGUACACUCGUUAAUAAUAAGAGGAUAAUGUAGCAUUCUGUAGGACAUUUAAAUCAUGUGAUUUUUAAAUAUUUUCAGUUUUGCUGGUUGCAAUAAUUAGCAACUUUCUUGAAAUUAAUAUUUUGUAAUAACUUUAUUUCAUAGGGAAAGUAUUCAAUCUUCCAUCUGUCUGGUGUCAAGAUAAUAUUUCAUCAAGGGUUAAAGUAAUUUUAGUUUAAACUACAGUUAAUGUUAUUUAAGGACACCUUAAAAUAUGAACUGAAGAAAAUAAAUGUCAACGAUUUACAAGUCAAUUGUACAUAAACUGUUUUAACAUGAACACAUUUAGUGGGAAACUUUUGAAGGAGUAACUGAAUUAGGAGAAGUUAGGGGGAAAUGUGGUAAAUUAAGAUAUCUUUCACACCAAACCAUCAUCAUAUGAAGACUUCCCCAGUGAUCUUUAAUUAGUAAUUAUCUUACCAGCAAUUAAUGACUAUCUUAUUAUUAUACAAUGUACCUAUGUAUUAACUCAACUUUUCGAAUAUAUUAUACACAUGUAUUACUUUAUAAUCAUUUCUUUUUUGUUUGACAUUGUGUAUGUGUUUGAUCAUGUGAUUUUGAAGGGGAAAUGUAAAAUUUAUAUUUGUGUCCAUAUUUGAUUCAUACAAAUUAAAUAUUCAAUUGCAAUA